AUGCCACCCUCCCGCUCCAGCAUAACGAGCGACAGCCAUGAGCGCCUGGAGCCGCGACUCCUCCGCGCCGCAGAAUCAAACGACAUCGACUCCCUCAAAAAGACAACAGCACUUGCCAGCGAGUACAACCAAUUAACCGACAAUUUCCUCCGCAUCGGAUUAAUGCGCAGCGCCGAACGAGCCUGCGUCGCAGCAACAGAAUACCUCCUCACCCUCGGCGCAAAAACAGACGUCCCCUCAAACCGCGCCUCACCACUCCUCCGCGCCGUAGAGCGCGACCACUACGAAAUCGUCCGUCUCCUCCUCGACCAUGGCGCGAGCCCAGACUCCGCUGAUAAAGAAGGUCGAACGGCGCUCAUGACUGCAGCAUGGAAGAACCACGCUGAUAUCCUGCACUUGCUCAUUAUCCGCGGCGCGGACGUGAAUAAGCGCGAUCUGCGACGGCGGAAUGCAUUGCACAACCUUGCCGCUGAUAAGGCUUGUCGGUGGGGGUGGGGGGAUGAGGUCGUGAGCUUGUUGCUGAGGACGGAGUGUCUUGUUGAUGGUAUUGGGGGGCAAGAUGAGCUUGGGCGUACGCCGUUGCAUUGGGCUUGUGCGUCUGGGCAUUGGAGGUUGGCGGAGAUGUUGUUGACGAGGAGUGUUGGUGAGGGGGAGGUAGCGCGGAUGCCGGCGGAGAUCGAUGCCGUUGAGUUGCGUGGGAAGACCGCAUUGCAUAUUGCUACUGCUCAUGACCGGGCGGAUAUUGUGCAGUUGCUGCUUACGCACAAGGCUUCUGUCAAUGCUGCUAGUGAUGGUGGGUGGACGCCGCUUCAUAAUGCUUGUGAUAAAGGAUGUGAGGAGAUUGUGCGGAUUUUGGUCAGUGAAGGUGCGCAUAUCAAUGCUCAGCUUUUGAAUGAGGUCGUGGAGUGUCUUCUUGAGAAGCCGGAAUUGAAGAGGAGGGUUAGGGAUAAUUUUGGCAGUACGCCGUUUCUGCGCGCGGCGCAGUUCAAGAGGAAGGAUAUUGUGCUGUUGCUUGCGCCGUUUAACAAUGUUGAGAGUCUUUCUGAUGAUGUUAAGGAGGCCUGCGCGGCGUUCGAUGCUACUGUUGUUGAUUUUGGAAACUUUCAUAAUGAGAAUAGGGUUAAGCGCAUGUCGGUGUUUAAUCUGCUUUAUGGGAGGGACCGGGAGAAUCCUAGAAAACAGGCUGUUACCACUGUGCCCGCUGAUAGUCGUGGGGCUGAUUUCCGGUGGAUUCACUUACCGGCGAACAAUAUGGCGUGGGUGGAAGCUCUACUCACCAAGUCUUUUAUUGAGGAGGGUGCUCAUGAUGUUGAUGGGUUCAAGGGGCUGGAGAAGUCUUUCAACUAUCAGCAUCGGGGUCAAAGGACUCACUCACACUUUAUGCGACCGUUAUGUCAGAAUACGCCACGGACGCUGCUGCGGCGAUAUGAAGAGGAGACUUCGGAGGAGCCCGUGUCCGAGAAUGGGCAGGCAAAAACCAUGGAUAGUGCUGCUCGCAAGCAAAAAAGCACAGGUGGCAAGCCGGACAAGGUGGAUUCUUACUUCCACGAUGAAGGGCCAGGGUCACAUGGAAAAAAGAACAAAAACAAUCAGAAACGUGGCAAGUCAGGCAGCGCACCGGGGACCCCCAAACAGGAGAUGAAAGGGAAGUCACCUUGGGGCCAAAGCGAGAAACAGGCGAGGUCAUCCCCACUGUCUUCAAAUCUUUGCAAAGAUCCUCACCCUCUGGUUUCUACAUGUAACGUCUGUGUGUUCAUGCCAUAUCUACACUUCGAGACCACGGAGCGCAGACAAAAGAUGCAGGAUGCAAUCUCACGCGCGGAAACGCUGGAUUUUGUAUCCAAUGGGAUAAAGAGAAUGCGCACAAGAGACGAAAUGCUCAUCGACGCACAUCUAUCAUCCUCAACGACCUCCCUCCAUGUCCGCCGAACACUAGACCAGUUUUUCUACCCAAACAUCGACACCAAGAGUCGUGAUCAGGAUCAAGUGGUGUACCGGUACCAAACAAAAAGCCCAGGAAUGGGGGCAGACCCCAAGAUAUUCAUGGUGGAUCAACUGUGGAUGUGGGUUCUGGGCACGAAUCUGAUUGUGACGGCCUUCCCACAGAGAUGGGACCAGCCUAAGAAUGAUCCGCUUAACGUGCUGGAUGGGAUAAUUGAGGAUAUCAAUUCCAAAACCCGAGACCCUGUCAAGUCCGUCUAUGAUCUAGCCAUGAUAAUCACCAAUAGAUGCUCCGGAGUCUUCGAUCGACACCGCUUGGGCGACGAGGAGUACCAGUUCCUCGAUAUGUUCGAGUCAUCCAUCGGUAUAGCUACGGAUAAAGAAACCGUGCUUUUUAACCAGUUCAACCACGCCUCUGGACAAGCAUCAGACUGGCUGAAAAGCCAUCGGAAGCUGAAUGGUUCCUUCAGCUCUCCGCCCAAGCCCUGCGAUGGGAUAGACGAAAGCAGCAACUACUGCGACGAGGAUGGCCAGCCACUAUUCGUCGACCGGCUCCUGGACAUCGGACAGGAAACCAAUCUCUUAGCCGAGACAAAGGACAUCCGAGACGAGCUGAACAUGAUCCGGACAGUGCUGGAGCAUCAGAACAAUGUACUGCUUGACUUCCAAGAAGUUGUCUGCGAGACCUACCAAGGUCAGCACCGGUCCCAAUUCGAGGUCAAGAAACGGUUCAAAGAUCAGCAGCGCAUGAUCGACAUGCAUCUGAAGGAUAUCGACCGAAUGGAUAAACAGGCCGAGCGUAUCUACCACUCAAUCACGGAUCUACUGGAUCUCAAACAGAAACAUGCCAAUGCAUUCGAAGCCCGCUUUGCGCGUGAUCAGGCUGCGGGUACAACCCGCCAGAGCAAGACAAUUAUGGUCUUUACCAUUGUUACUAUUGUCUUCCUGCCAUUGUCAUUCAUCGCCUCCAUCUUCACGAUCAACCUGAAAGAAUUCGAAAACUUGAAUCUCGGCUAUGUGGCAAAGUAUACCUUUGGUAUUGGCUUUGCAAUCUCCAUCCCCCUUGUCUGGGUCGCUCUCACGGUUGAUGAUAUAGGUGGUUUCUUCCGCGUGGGUGGUCGACGCUGGCUGUCUAAUCGGGAGAAGGCGUCUGCGAAGAGUGAACGGGGCGAGGAAACACUCCAGGCUUUGGAGAUGGAGAAAAUGAUAAGUUUGUCGCGUAUGCGGAGGAGUAUCGAUGUUGGAUACGGUGGUAGUCUGCUGCCUGUUUCUACACGUGGCACGGGGACGUCGAGGAGGCCUGAUCUAUACGUUGGUGGAUUGGGCAAUGGCACUGUGCGGAAAAGUUACGACCUGCGGUCUAGUCUGGACUGCAGAUCACGAUGA